AAGCGCGCUCGCGUGAGGCGACUGGGCGCGAGAACGGCAGCCUGUUCGCGAAGCAUGAUCGAGAAACCCGCACUCUCAGAACCUACUCACACAGUCCCGAACUAGUCGCUACUACUCCUGAUCGAUGACACCGGACAAAGUAGAACGGCGACGCGUGUAUCUAGCCUAUCGGACGCUGUUCACUGGAAAGAAUGCUCGUGUGCGAUCGAAGAAGGCUAUACUUCGUAUCGUCCAAGCGUCACCAAUGCCCUCAGAUGCAGAGGAUCUGAGGCACAAGACAAUACCCAUCCUUAGAUCGUUGCUCUGCGAUCGCGUUUUUGAGAUAGAAGAGGCAGCGAAAAUUGACUUUCCAGAACUAUGGACAACAUCCUGUCGAAAAGAAAAGCUUGGCAAAACGCCAUUGAAGGCUGACAAAGCACCUCAAACCUCUGCGAAGGUCAACGGAGCUGCUCAAACCUCGAGUCUCGCGGCUAUACCACCUGAUAAGACCAAAGAUGGGCGGAGAGCAUCGUUUCAACUGGACACGAAAUCUUUCAAAUUCUCCUACACUACCCAACACCAGGUUCUGGGGACGAUACAACAAAUGCUCGAGAUGUCAUGUUAUAACUUUACACUGGCCUGGUUUCCCGCUGUUCUCAAGGAUCGCUCCUGGACCUGUGCCGCUGCAUUGGACCUGACAAAGUGGCUUCGCAUUAUGAGUGAGCAAAUGGAUACUCUACCUGAAGCAUGCAUAGAUGGAGAGGAGCGCGCAACAUUCAAAGAGAUCCAGCCCCGAUUAGCGCUGCUCAGGCACUCCGCGGUUCAUAGGCUCCACCUGGAACACCAUGUGUUGUUAGAAUAGAUUCAAGCCGCGCUCAGACUCGCAGAGAUAUUGCGCGACGGUAUCUGCAAGUACAAGCUCGAGGCUGUGUAUGCUUGUCUGGAAGAUAUUGUCACGAAGACGAAACAUAAUGCGGGGGUUCUGCACCAAGACGUGAAAGAUGAUCUUUUGGAAUUACAGAGGCAACGAGAACGUCUGGAUCAAAAGGAGCAGCAAUUACGAGCAUCGAC